GGAUGCAUGUUUGGAUGGAUCCAGCUCUCCCCAGGCUUUCCCGAGGCCCCAGCAUGAAGAAUCUGCCCAAGUUGCUCUCUCCUCCCCAGAGAAGCAGCAGAAGGGUGGGUGUAUUUUGCCUCUUUUAUCAUGCCUGUACCUAGGGGAUGUCUGCAGGGACAGCUGUAGCCAGCCUCUGCGUGCAGGACUUGUCUGUCACAGCUCUGCAAUCCCCUGGCCCCAGCUGCCCGUGCUGCAGACAGGCUGCUUUGAGGAGCUGGGAGCCCUGUCUGGGAGACAAAAAACGUUUCACCUGCUGCCACUUGUUGAAAGCAAAUGAGCUGCAGAUGUUCAGCUUCACCUCAUCACGUUGUGCAGAGCCACAGGAAGACACCAGCUUCUCCAGGUCCAGCAUCGUGCUUUGCAGCUCCUGUAAGUCCAUUGUCUUGGUCUGCAGCUCCUGCCCCUCCAGCAUCUUGAUCUGCGUCUUCUGCAGCUCCAGCAUCUUGAUCUGCGUCUUCUGCAGCUCCAGCAUCUCAGUUUCUGCAGCUCCUGCAAGUCCAUUGUCUCAGUCUCCUCCAGCGGCUUGGUCAGCACCUCUGCACCAAUGGCUGCUGUACCUCACAGGAGGAGCAUUUUGCCCAGGGAAGGACUCUACGCCGAGUAGCUCCAUGUGUCCCCAAGGAGCUGGGAGCCUUCGCGAAGCAUCGCACUGGUGGCACCAGGAGCUGAAACCGUGCCAGGAGGUUGGACGUGCAAGGGCGCGGGGAGAGGUGACACAGGACCUGAAGGAGACCCAGGAGAGCGGCACAUGUGGGUGCACUGCAGCUGGACAGGUGCCCACAUCUGCCUUCUGCUGCACGCUGCCAGAGCCCCGUGGUUUGCCCACCUUCCCUGGCACGCCAGGAGCUGCCUGGCUACCCACGAGCUCCCCACGGCGUGGAGGCACCAUGCAGGGUGACCAGUGGUGAUUUCCCAGAGAGCCGGGCUGAGCCGGCUGGGCAGCUUGGCUUGCUGCAGCAGCUCCCUGAAGACCUCCAGGACGUUCUCGUUGUCCUUGGCUGACGUCUCAACGAAGCGACUGUUCCAGUCCAGUUCCACCAGUGACAGAGCAUCCUCCACCGGCACCUGCCGCUCGCCACCGCUCUCUGCCUUGUUGCCGACCACCACAAUAGGAGGGACCUUGUCUUCUUUCACCUCCAGGAUCUCCUCACGCAAGCUCUUGACGCUCUCGAAGGACUCGGCAUCGUCUACAGCGUAGACCAGGGCGAAGGCAUCGCUGUUCUGGAUCGAGAGCUUCCUCAUGGCCGGGAAGGAGUAGCUGCCACUGGUGUCCAGGAUUUCCACUUUGACCGUGGCCCCACUCACCUCAUACUCCUUGCUGUGCAGCUCCUCCACUGUGCGCCGGUGCUUGGGCUCAAAGGUGUCCAUCAGGAAGCGGCGGAUGAGGGCAGUCUUGCCCACGCCGGCUGCACCCAAGAAGACCAGCCUUACGUGGUUCUUCUCUUUCACCACUGGGGACAUGGCUGGGCUCGGUGACACAGGUUGUUCCCUAGCUGUUGCUCACUCCAGCCGUGUCCCUGGGUGGCUGCAGUCCCGGUGUUCGUCUCUGUGCCCGUCCUUGCCUGCACCGACUCAGUGUCACCAGCGAGGUUUGGUGGCACUUCUUUGCAAACUUCUCCUGCCUGUUCUGCAGUGGAUGCUGCAGCUUGCAAGACCUUCUCAUCUUUUUAUCCUGGUUUCCCCCUGCCAUGUGGCACCAGACUGUCCAAUCUCUGUGGGCUGAGGGUGCUGAGGGAGGGAGGGCAGGGAGGGAGGAGAGCAGGGUGCUCGGACCAAUCCGCAGAGCGCAGUCCUGGACAGCCACUGCAGCCCUGGGAGCACUGCGCUGAGCGUUGCGCUUGCAUCGCUCACUGCUGCCUGUAGCUCCAGGCAGCCAGCAGCAGCGCAGCCCUUGCGCUGCAUGAGCUGUCCUCCCCUUUUCUCCUCCCUGGAAAUUAACCUGUUCUUCUUGGAUGGGCUUGCUGGCAGCAGAGGAGCCCACUGAGGAUUCUCCACCCAUUGGGUGACUCAUGGCUGGACAGGGCAGGGGCUGGCUGGUGUCACCCGCAAUGUUUCUUGCACUUCUCAGGGGCUGGGGUCUUUGCAGCUGGGAUUGCUGCAAAUGUGCCCUUUUCUUCCAUGAGGGGAAAAACGAACUAAGAAACCCCUGUGUCAUAACCUCCAUGGCCAGCUUGCAGCUUCUCUCUGAUUUUAUGAGCUAUUUAACCUGAGGGGAAAGUAAGAAUCUCCCAGAGCAGUGCAUGGUGAUCUCCACCAGCAGAUGCCAGGCAGUCGUGGGUAGGAAUGCUGGCCCUGACCCAGCUACAGCAAAACCAUGACCUGGAACGGUUGGGUGAUUUAUUGGGCAGAGAGGAGGGGUGUGUGUGUGUGUGUGUGUGUGUUGGUCCUCAGUUCUGCAUGGAUGCACAUCUCCCCUGGAAGCAGGUUUGCUUGUAGAGGUGCAAGUUGUCCCUUCUGGGUGUGUUUCCUCAGAAGUCACCUUCCUGAUCCCGUGCUGGAGACCUUGGAGAGGCUGUUCUGUGUAAAGUGCAAAUACAAAAGGAACAUGCUCAGAA